AUGGCAGAUUACAACGGUGGCAACAGCUAUUACUCUGGAAACGAAUCAAGUCCAAAUAUGAAUGAGGAGUUUAUUAGCAAUAAACGACAAAGGUUGGACACGCAGCAGCAGCCAGACGCCAACGCUACUUCGGAUUUCUUGAAUUUUGACUACAAUGCAAUCGUUGAUGCAACGGCAAAUAACACAGCAAUACCCGAGGAUUUCUUCAUGUUUGUCACUGACAGCAAUCAAGAUGCGAAUCAAGCCAUCAGCACUCGAAGCUCUAUCCCAUCUUCUACCAGCAGCAUCGCAUCACCACAGCAGCAGCAAGCUAUCCAGCAGCAACCUCAACUGACGCAGCAGUUGCCAAUCCAACAGCCUCCUCUUCAGCAGCAACCGCUUCAACAGCAGACACCACCUGGCAACGAUCCUCCUAAUCAUUCUGUACAUACCAUUGUUGUAGGAGGAAGGCCGUUCCGUCUUAGCUGGGAAUCACUCAAAAGUGAUGGCCCUAGCAACUUUUUCGUCGAGUAUUUUAGAAAGAGGAGGACAGCCAAAGCCAUGCACAUUGAUCGCGAUCCAGAUACAUUUGAGCUCAUUGUGCGCCAUUUACGGGGCUAUUAUAUUCGGUCUCAAGACGAUAUACAACACCAAUCUCUACUAUGCGAUGCUACUUACUAUGGAUUAAAUCGUCUGAAAAAGACACUGCAGGAACAUUUGUAUGUCAAUGUUGGUGGACGAGUUUUUCGAUUACCAUGGAAUUUAUUUCAAAAAGACGGCACCCAUAAUUUUUUUACGGGACCUCUGAUGCAUUCACUGCUAUCGCCUCAUACAGAAGACGGGAAUUCACCACCAAUUUACAUUGACAGAGAUCCUGACAUUUUUGCAGACAUUGUAAAUCAUCUCCGAGGUUACACCAUUCAUAUCAGAGACGAAGUGCAUAGGAAAAACUUGUUAAGGGAUGCACAAUAUUACGUAUUUAGACAAUUAAGUGAUAAGCUACUCACGGCACAACAGACAGUGGCAGGGUUUGGUGAUGGUAGUAACCCGGAAGUUUUGCUGCUCUUACAGGAUAUGCGAGUUGUCAACAUGCUGCCAUCGCAGGCAAUGAAACAGGACAAAUCGUACACCAUACAAGACAUGUCAUCUGCCCGAGAUUGGAGUCUGACUCAGUUACAGUACAAGCGCAUUGCGGAAGGACCCCCUCAUGCACUAUUGGUGCAGGUGUCUGAUUUAUCUAUGCAAAUUCACAAGACUGCCGCCAAUACAACCAGAUUGCUGUUCGAGAUGAAUGAAUCAGAUUUGAAAAAGAUGAGAAACAUGGCACAUGUUGCCAAGGCAACGCAGGGCGUACGAAUGGAAAUCUUUCUGGAUGAAUAUUGCGCAAUUAAUAUUGACGAUAAUCAAGUACAAUCAUUACAAGAUUGCAUAGACCAGGAUUUAAUAGAGACCAACUGGGAGCCAUGCCAAAAAGCAGAUCACCAGGAUUGUCAAAUGUCAAGGCUCAUUCUUCAGCGGGCUAUUUGCGGUGUGCAUGUCAUUGACUCUAUGAUAACUCUAUGUGCAUUAAGAUUUGAAUGUAUUAGCUCAAAAUAUAGACUCAACCUCAAGAGACAAUUCUUGUCUAAUUAA